AUGUCCGAUGGAUGCAUUGUCGUGAAAGAUAAUAUAUUUAUCGUGCAAGCGCACUGUGCCGAAGCGAGGUCCGUGGUGUCGACUGGUGAGUCGCAUUUUCUAGUUCUCGUUCGAAGAAAUCGCCCUAAGGCUUUGUCAGAUUCUAUUCUGGUAUCGGGCGACUCUAAUCUGCAACUAGAAGAAGCUUUGGAUAUAUCGGACAUCGAUAGGGGAGAGAAGAAUGGUAAUGAAUUGUCGAGUCCAAAGAUAAUCGCAAGCGGUUGGCGUGGCAAGAAGAUAUCUAAUGGAGAUUAUACCAAGUUCGGAGCCAGCCAAGGAUUCGAUAAGCCAUACGAUUUCGGAAUUGGGGAUCGUGGGGGGCAUAAUGAUGAAGACCCUGCCAAAGAACAAGAGAAAAGGAAUGGUGAUGGAGAUGAUGGGGAAGACGGUGAGGGGGGCGGGGGAAAAAGGGGAGAGCGUGACGCACAAGAGGAAAAUGGAGAGAGUGUGCUCGAAAAGCAGCUUUCACUCCUCAAUAACCUAGACGACAAGCUAGCGGGCCUCGAAGUUGGUAAUGAAUAUGGUAUUGUUUUUCCCGCAGGCUAAGAAGCGAUAGCUGACAUCCAAUCUUUAGACUCACUUUUCAUGAGAGAGCUCAAAGAAGAACUACGGCGCCAAUUAAAAGCUAAAGAUGCGAUCGAGACUGAAUUCUACUUUGACGCUGCGGGGAGAAGCAGGAAAGUUGCCGAGGAACAAAUGUUGCAGGAAAGGUGGAUGAGAGAAUGGUUCGAUAGACGAGAGAAAAUGCGGGUCACCUCCAUGGACGUCAGGAGCCACCAAUUGGGAAAAGCCAAACUAAACUACCAGGAGCGAAAUUUGCCAUACGACGACGGAAAAAGGCUCCACUCGUGGAUCUGGAUGCAACGAGUUGUAGCGGAAAUUGAUGGAGAAUGGUGCGGACUAGACCGCAAUCAUGAAGAAAGACCAUCCCCACAAGCAAAAUUAGCCAUCGUCUAUCAAAAUGCUUCCCUUGGAGUGCUACGAGAUCAGAAAGAUGUCUUAUUUGGGAAAACGAUCUUCUAGCUCAGCUACUUCCACGUUUUAAGAUUACCUUAGGUUUACCUCGACCGAAGGGUCCCGAUAGUACUAGACCGUACGGCUACAGACAACACAUAGCUGGGAUCUGCCUGGACUGGGAAGGUGAUAUUACGCAUUGGAAGCGUUCAGUUAAGAAAGAUGGAAGCAAGUAUUAUAUCAACAUAUGGAGUAGCGGGGAAAAGCGAACUUCGAACUCAUGAUGUUCUAUUCUGCACAAGGGCA